AUGGAUGACCGUACGAUUGAGCAAAAGAUUGUGAAUGAAGAGUACAAGGUGUGGAAGAAGAAUGUGCCAUAUCUGUAUGACCUGCUAUUCAGCCACACAUUGCAAUGGCCGUCUCUUUCUGUGCAGUGGUUUCCGGAUGUGAGCAGAGAUGAGGAGCGUGCAAGGACGACGCAGCGAUUGCUGCUGAGUACUCACACCAGCGGCAGUGACGAGGAGUGUGUCAUGAUAGCAAAGCUUGAUUUUCCUGAUGAGUUUGACGAGGACAUGAAUGGAGAAGAGGAGGGGAAUGGAGAAGGAGACAUGAAGCUCAAGGUUUUGCAAAGGGUUCCAGUGCUGGCGGAGGCAAACAGAGUCCGAUACUGUCCAUCGGCAUGCAACAUACUAGCUGUGCGGUCUGAUCUUUCGGAUGUGCAUGUGUAUGACUAUACAAGGCAUUUGUCGCACGAGAAGAUUGCCAAGCCAGACAUGACACUCAGGGGGCAUGCAUCUGGAGGGUUUGGAAUUGCAUGGAACAACAUGGCUUCUGGAGAGCUUGCAAGCUGUGGAGAGGAUAUGUGUGUGUGUGUGUAUGACAUACUUGAAGAGUCUGCAGUGAUUGAGCCAAGGACUGUGCUGAAAGGGCAUGACGCAGUCGUGAAUGACUGUAGCUUUAGUUUUUUUGAUAGGAAGAUGCUUGCGUCUGUUGGAGAUGACAAGAUGCUAAUGGUGUGGGAUGCAGGAAGCGGAGAGGUGGUGCAUUCAGUCGAUGCGCACACAACUGAUGUUUUUUGUGUGAAGUUUUCGCCUGUUGAUGUGAAUGCAAUUGCAACGUGCUCUGGAGACAAGUCGGUGAAGAUAUGGGACAUAAGGAAGUUGGACACAGCGGUGAAUGUUCUCUUGGGGCAUUCGAAAGAUGUAUUGAGUGUUGAGUGGUCUCCGCACUCGUCUACAAUGCUGUGUUCUGGAGGUGCUGACAGGCGAGUGAUUGUCUGGGACCUGGCACGUGCUGGAAUAGAGGUGAGUGAGGAGUACAGAGCAGAGGGCCCACCAGAGCUGAGGUUUAUGCAUGGAGGGCAUACAGGCACGGUAUGCGAUGUAUCAUGGAACCCAGCAGAGCCGUACGAGGUUGCAAGUGUGUCUGAAGACAAUGCUUUACAGGUCUGGCAGAUGACGAAGGAUGUGUAUGAUUAA